AUGCUUGUUAUACAGACGAAGUGUAAUAAGUUUUUAUGUGGAUUUUUUGAAAACUCAGGAAAAUUAGUCUAUAUGAAAAAGCAAUCGAGGACAAAUGUAGGCUCAGUUACGGAAUUUCUUGAAAAUUCUAGGAUGGAAUUCCCUGAUAUGGGCAAAGCAGAUUUAAUUGGAGUAACAUGUCUUGGUGGGAUGCCUGAGCUGAUGAGAGAGUCACUAAUUUUUGCCAAGGUGAGAUUGAGUUAG